GCUGCCACUUUCUGCUUUCACGUUGUCUUCCGAGCUCUCUUUCAUGGCUGGAAAAGGCGAACUCGCGUCUUUCUUCAUCUUUUUCCUUUGCCUCUACCCAUCUUUGGAGGAGCAAACGUGGGUCAAGUCCGGUUACUUCUACGCCGGCAGCGAAAUCCCGGUCUCGGACAUCGAUUCCUCCUUGUUCUCUCACCAUAUGGCUUUUGCUUCCAUCGACUCUUCGGCCCAUCCGCUCUCCUUCAACUCCUCCUUUGAGCAAAUCUUCUCCACCUUCACGAGCACCGUGAAACGCAAGAACCCUUCGAUCACCACGCUGCUGUCAGUGUGGGCAGGCGGAGAGGAUCCUUCCGCUUUCGCUUCGAUGCUCGGCGAGUCUUCUUCAAGAAGGUCCUUUAUCGAAUCCACCAUAGAAAAGGCAAGGCUUUAUGCGUUCAGUGGGAUUGAUCUCUUUGGGGUCUGGCUCGGUAGGAGCAUUAACAUUACCAAUUAGUGUUCUUUGGGAGAGUGGAGAGAUGGAGUAGAUGCCGAAUCGAGGAAAUCCGGGAAACCUCGGUUGCUGCUAGAUGGUGUAUAUUGUCAGUCCAUUGUUGACUCUCUGAGUUUCCCACUUGAUUCAGUUCAGAGAUAUUUGGACUGGGUUCACCUAAUUGCUUAUGCUGCUUUAUUUGACCCCGCAAGCCAUAACAACACAGACUUCUGCAUAACUUGGUUGCUGACUAGAGGAUUUCCUGCAAGAAAGCUGGUGCUGGGCUUGCCCUACCAUGGCUAUGCUUGGCAGCUCGAGGAUUCGAGCGGCGAUGCCAUUGGCCAUCCAGCGGUGGGCCCUGCUGAGACGGCAGAUGGGGCAUUUGCAUACAAGGCCAUCAAAUCAUUUAUCCAAGAUUUUGGUUACGGAGCCAGUUCUGUUUAUAAUGGUACAUAUGUUGUGAACUUUUACAGCAAGGGGUUGGUAUGGAUCAAUUUCGAUGAUGUGGAGGCCAUUCGAGCCAAAGUAACUUAUGCCAAGGAAAAGGGGCUUCUUGGUUACAGUGUGUUUCAGAUUAACAGCGAUCAGAACUGGGUUCUUUCCAGGACAGCUCAAGAAGCCGGUGAAGAUCAGCAAGAAAGGCGAUGGUUCUGGCUAGUUACGCUUUAUUUCGAUUGCUAUAGAUUCAGCAAACAUUCUAGAUUUAUUUUCUUUGUGUUGAUUCUCAGAGCGGCAACUGAUAACUUCUCGGUGAAAAAUAAGAUUGGAAAGGGUGGAUUUGGACCUGUUUACAAGGGCAAGUUGCCUAAAGGACGGGACAUUGCAAUUAAAAGACUUUCAAAAACUUCGAAGCAAGGGCUCGAGGAGUUCAAGACCGAAGUUAUGCUUGCCGUCAUCCUGCAACACGUCAACCUCGUUCGCCUUCUUGGAUUUUGCACUGACAGGAAAGAAAUGCUGGUCUAUGAGUUCAUGCCAAAUAAGAGCUUGGACUUUCACCUAUUUGAUCCAAUAAGGAAAUAUUCGCUGGAUUGGGUGAAACGUGUUCAUAUCAUAGAAGGCAUUACACAGGGGCUUCUUUAUCUCCACGAAUACUCGAAUUUCACAAUAAUUCAUCGAGACUUGAAAGCCAGCAAUGUUCUGCUGGAUGAUGAAAUGAACCCCAAGAUAUCAGAUUUUGGUAUGGCGAAAAUAUUUAAGAAGGAUGACGUCGAGGCAAAUACUAGCCGAAUUGUGGGACUUAGUGUUUAUGGGUACGUUCCGCCAGAAUAUGUGAGGAAAGGCAUAUACUCAAUGAAGUAUGACGCCUACAGCUUUGGGGUACUGCUGUUGGAAAUCAUCUGUGUGGCUCUUCUAUGCGUGCAAGAGAAGGCUGGGGACAGGCCCUCCAUGUUGGAAGUCUCUUCAAUGCUCAAGAAUGAAUUUUCAGCUGUGAACUUCCCCAAGAAGCCUGCAUUUUCAAUUAAGAAGGAUGAAGAUGAAGAUAAGGGGAUGACAAGUGCUUGCUCCAGGAGGCAGUGCAUUCAGUCAAUGAUGCAUCGAUUUCUGAAUUGUUUCUCGCUGAUUAUACCUGCAGGUCAACUGGAGCAAAACAGGGCCAAGCGGUCAGACUGUCGCUGGCUUCUAGCCGAUCGGCAGGUCAAACGGUGGCUCCGACUGGCGAACGGUCAAGUCCUCCCGUAUGGUCUGGACCUCCUGAAGACAAUGGUGGGUGGCACGGGUACAUCUCUCCACGGUUGA